AUGCCCAUAAGACCAGAUCUCCAGCAGUUGGAAAAAUGCAUUGAUGAUGCUUUAAGGAAAAAUGAUUUCAAGCCUUUGAAAACACUUUUACAAAUUGAUAUUUGUGAAGAUGUGAAGAUUAAAUGCAGCAAGCAGUUUUUCCACAAGUUGGAUGACCUUGUAUGCAGGGAGCUUAAUAAAAAGGAUAUCCAAGCAGUUUCAACCAUUUUGGUUUCUUUUGGAAGAUGUGGCAAAAAUAUCACUAUAUUGGGGCAAGCUGGACUUAUAAAUAUGAUAAAACAAGGACUGGUCCAAAAGAUGGUUGCCUGGUUUGAAAAAUCAAAGAAGAUUAUUCUCAGUCGAGGAAAUUCAAAAGAUGAGGCAGUUAUAAAUAUGAUAGAAGACUUAUUUGAUCUUCUGAUGGUCAUAUAUGACAUCAAUGAUGAAGGUAAAAGGCAAGUAGUGGAAAGUUUCGUGCCUCGAAUCUGUGUCCUGGUUAUUGACGCAAGAGUGAAUAUUUGUAUUCAGCAGGAGACUCUAAAAAAAAUGAAUGCUAUGCUUGACAAAAUGCCUCAAGAUGCCAGGAAAAUACUCUCUAACCAAGAAAUGUUAAUUCUCAUGAGUAGUAUGGGAGAAAGGAUUUUAGAUGCUGGAGAUUAUGACUUACAAGUAGGUAUCGUAGAAGCACUAUGUAGAAUGACUACAGAAAAACAAAGACAAGAAUUGGCAUGUCAGUGGUUUUCAAUGGAUUUUAUCGCUAAUGCAUUUAAAGGAAUUAAAGACUCUGAAUUUGAAACAGAUUGCAGAGUAUUUCUCAACCUUGUAAAUGGCAUGCUUGGAGACAAGAGAAGGGUCUUUACAUUUCCUUGUAUAUCAGCAUUUCUUGAUAAAUAUGAGUUGCAGAUACCUUCAGAUGAAAAACUUGAGGAAUUUUGGAUAGAUUUUAAUCUUGGGAGCCAGACUCUAUCAUUCUACAUUGCUGGAGAUAAUGAUGAUCAUCAGUGGGAAGCAGUGAUUGUGCCUGAGGAUAAAGUACAAAUAUACAGCAUUGAAGUGAGAGAAUCGAAGAAGCUGCUGACCAUAAUUCUGAAAAACAUAGUAAAAAUUAGUAAAAGAGAAGGGAAAGAAUUGCUUUUGUAUUUUGAUGCAUCAUUAGAAAUCACUAGUGUGACACAAAAAAUUUUUGGUGCACAUAAAUAUAGGGAAUUUACCAGAAAACAGGGUAUUUCGGUUGCCAAAACAUCUGUGCAUAUACUUUUUGAUGCAAGUGGAUCACAGAUUCUAGUGCCAGAAAGUCAAGUCUCACCCACCGAAGAGGAACUCACUACUUUGAAAGAAAAACCUAACUCCCAAAAGGAAUUUGCUAAACCUCCGAAAUAUAUCAAAAACUGUAAUCAAGGAGACAGAAAGAAUAGUCAGCUUGAGAUAAUUACUCCUAGCAAAAGAAAAAUGUCUGAAGCAUCAAUGAUUGUUCCUGGUGCAGACAGAUACACUGUGAGAAGUCCAAUUCUUUUAAUCAACACAUCAACACCACGAAGAGGAAGAAUUAAACCACCACUGCAAAUGAUGAGUUCUGCAGAAAAACCUGAUACACCUAAAACAUCAGAAAGUGGAGUGGAUAAUGCUGUAUUUCUCAUAUCUAGACCAUCUGAAGGAAGAAAUAGUGGAGAUAAUACAGACAAACAUGUCAAAAUGGCUAAAGUUGUAAAGAAGACAGAAAAUAAGGUUGUUGAAUCCCCAAACCAAAAUAUGAAUGACCUGCAGGAUAUUGUUCCAGAUUCCCAGGCAGUGGAGAAAAUAGAUAAACCUGUGUUACGUGGUGUUUUGGACAACAUUUGUGGGGAAAAAAUGCCCUCCAAAUGGUCCUGUUGGACUCCUGUAACAAAUAUUAAUCUAUGUAAUAACCAAAGAGCAGAUACUUCAUCAGGAGACAUAUUCAGUCAAGAUGUUACUGUGAACAAAAAACUUAGGAAACAAAAAUCAUCCUCUUCAAUAUCUGAGGAUAAUUCUGAAGAAACAGAAAAGAUGCAAUAUAAGAAAAAAACAAUGCAGCAUAACAAAAUAGAGAAAGCAAAAGUAGGAGUGUGCAAAAGAGACACUCAGCAACGACUAAAUCAUGCUAAACAUUCGGAGCAGAAAAAUACUGAAAAUACCAAGCAAAGUGAUUGGCAUAUUGAAUCUGCAACUACUUUUAAGUCCGUUCUCCUAAAUAAGACAGUUGAAGAAUCUCUGAUCUAUAGGAAGAAAUACAUAUUGUCAAAAGAUGUGAAUACUGCUAUUACUGAUAAAAGCCCUUCUCCUAGAAAAAAUGUGAAAAGUCAUAGAAAAGCAGGGAAAAGAUUAACAUCUGAACUUAAUUCCUGGGAUUUGAAACAAAAAAAAAUGAGAGGAAAGUCAAAAGAGAAAGGAUUUACUGAUGCAGCAGAAUCCUUGAUAAACCAAAUUAAUAAGAGGUAUAAACCAAAGGAUGACAUAAAGUCUACAAGAAAAUUCAAGGAGUCUUUGAUUGACAGUGGUUUUUCAAACAAAUCUGAUCUACAGCUCAGUAAGGAAAAGGUUCAGAAAAAAAGUUAUAGACAACUGAAGACUACUUUUGUUAAUGUUACUUCUGAAUGCCCAUUGAAUGAUGUUUACAAUUUUAAUUUGAAUGGAGCUGAUGAGCCUAUUAUAAAACUUGGAAUCCAGGAAUUUCAAGCUACAGCUACAGAAGCCUGUUUGGAUAAUUCAAUAAAAUUGAUAGGUUUAAGGAAUCAUGAUGAACUUGAAACUUCUCUCAAAACAAAAGAUAAAAGAAUUGUAACAAAUCCUAAAAAGAAAAAUCUCUUUAGUGAUACUGACACAGAAUACAGAUGUGAUGACAGCAAGACUGAUGUUAGCUGGCUAAAGGAACCAAAAUCAAAACCACAGCUAGUAGACUAUAGCAGAAAUAAAAAUAUGAAGAAACCUAAAAGUGGGAAAUCAAGAUCAUCUUUAGAAAGGGGACAACCAAGAUCUAAAGUGACAUCCAACAAAAACAUCACCAAAAAGGUAGAGGAGACAGUUCCAGAUGGGAGAACCAGACUUCCACGAAGAGCGGCAAAAACCAAAAAAAAUUAUAAAGAUCUUUCAAAUUCAGAAUCAGAGAGUGAACAAGAAUUUUCACAUUCGUUUAAAGAGAAAUUGCUAGUAAAGGAGGAGAAUAUCCAUUCCAGAAGCAAAACCAUGAAGCUUCCAAAGAAACAAAAGAACACCUUCUCUGCUGAAACACAAAAGGAUAUAUCAAAAGGAUGGAAAAAUUCAGCUCUCCUAAAAGAUGCUAUAAGGGAUAAUAGCCUUGGCUUAUCUCCUAUAUCCUUAUCUGGGAGCCCGUCAUCUAUAGAAGUAAUGAGAUGUAUAGAGAAAAUAAGAGAAAGGGAUUUUACUCAGGAUUAUGACCGUGUAACAAAAUCCCUAUCACCUUCUCCAAAAACUUCAUCACCUGAAUCCUUAAGCAGUAAAUACAGAGUUGGAGGUCCAAAAAAGUCGCCUAAAAACAGUGAUAAAAAUUUAUGUGCAAGAGAAAGUUGCUCGCCAAUUCCACGAUCCUUCUUGUUGCCCAGGCUCACUCCAAUUAAUAAUACUGUUGUGAAUGGAAAAAACAGAAAUUCUGUGGUACUUACACAAGACAAUUGCAACAACUACUCAGAUGUAAGCAUUUAUAGUUCAGAAAAAACAGUCCAUCAGUUCAUCCUCAAAAAUACUGGAAGUCAUUCCGCAUCUCCACUAUCCCUGUCUAGUGAAGAAAGAGAGCAAAUAUGGUGUGACAUGCCUUGUGACUCUCCUCACGUGUCAGGCCCUACACAGCAUCUUAGUCGCAAACGAAUGUACAUCGAAGAUAAUCUAAGUAAUGCUGAUGAAAUACAAUUGGAAGAGGAGGAGGAAGGGAGAGCAUACUUGCUUCCCAAAAAACUGUCUAAAACCGAAGAUAGAGAUCAUCACACUUACAAAGUGUCUGGAAGCGUAUCUCCAUUAUCAACAAAUGACUUUUCUAUCCGUGGGGAGAGCUGGGAAAGUGAGAUCUCAGGGCUAGGGGUGAUGUGCGAAAGCCUCAACAUAGAUUUUAGAAGGAAGUUUCAUAUCCGCCAAAAAAUGAUGGAUUAUUUUACUAAGCAAUCUUGGAAAACAGCUCAACAACAUCUGAACACAAUGAACCAUCAGAUUCAGGAGUAUAGGAUCAAAAAACUUGAUAAGUUCCAAUUCAUCAUCAUAGAGGAGCUGGAGAAUUUUGAAAAAGAUUCACAGUCUUUAAAAGAUUUGGAGAAGGAGUUUGUGGAUUUCUGGGAGAAGACAUUUCAGAAGUUCAGUGCCUAUCAAAAAAGUGAACAGCAGAGGCUUCACCUUUUGAAAGCGUCACUGGACAAAAAUGUCUUCUACAACACUGAUUAUGAAGACACUGUUUUUACAUCUGAGAUGUGUUCGAUGAAAGAAAACAUGAAAAUGCUGCAAGACAGGCUCCUGAAGGAAACGCAAGAAGAGGAGCUUCUUAAUGUACGCAGAGGACUGAUGUCAUUAUUCAUGGCUCAUGAAAGAAAUGUUCGUGUGUGAUGUCUAGUUGUUAUCAACAAGUUUUAUCCACUUAUUCCUUUUUGUGUAUAACAGGAAAUACCAGAGUAGCCCUACAAAGAGAAAAAUACACAUGUCACCCAGGGAAGAG